AUUUCCGACCUCUGUGCGCGAAUCAUAAAAACCCAAAUACCUAUACCACAAUGAACGAGAUUUUGCCCCAAAACGACAGCUACACCAAGCUUUACUCCCAUGAGCUAGGAGACGAAGAAUCACUACCUCUCUACGAACCAUCCACUCCCCUAAAGCUUACCCCUCCUGACGCAAAAGCUACACCCAACGAAGUCCGCGAAUUUCUCGAAAAGGUUCUGAUCGAGAACAGAGGUUUGGAACCAGGACACGCAAAACACAUGGCGGCGAAAUGGACAAUAGGCACCGGUCGCGACCUCCUCAAAUAUCCCAUCGCCAUGUACACCGAAAUCUUCGGCUUGGAGGCUGGAUGGAUGGUAUACAAAGAAGUGAAACUGGCAGAGGCGGUUGGAAAACUUGACAAACCCGCUCAUGAAACAAGUCUCGGUGGUUUGGUUUUGGUAACUAUUCUCGAAGGCUUUCUUGUCAUGUUGACUGUGCUGGUGUCGAGAUCUCCCGUCAAAACUUUCUUGAUCGUGAUGAGUGCUAUUGGAGGUAUCAUUUGGAUAUUCUGCUUGAUUGGCUGUAUUGCGGACAGCAUGGGAGAGCGUCAGGAAGAGCGGAAGGUUGAUAUGGAUGCUCAGAGGGCGCGUUGCGAGGAUAAGAUCGAGAGAAUUCUGCUCAAGGAGAUUGCGCGCCGGGAAAGAGAAUCGGGAUGAUUGAGUUAGAGACACCGCAGUCUUUGUAUAUCUAGAGAGAUGAAGCGCACGUGGAGUCCCUGAAGAAACAAGGUUAACAACUACACUCUUCCGAAAUGCCGAUUUCCUUUCCUGCUCCGGUGGCGCGCCG